AUGGAAGAGAUGAUGCAGUGCAUGUUAGGUGCAGUUAUAAGAAGCAAUGUAAUACAGAUGAUUCUUCUUUAUUCGGUGUUUUAUUUUACCAUGUGUGCAAGACGGCCAGAUGUGUUCUAUAGUGGAAGUAAAAGAGACUCUGUACUUAAGAUGUUAAGCCUUCACAAGAACUACUACCCCCUCUUUUUUGCGCCUUUUGGAACCAUUCAAACCGUUCUUCAGCUAUUUCGAAGAUCUAUUGUUCCCCCAGGGAGGAUAAGCCUUCGGGUAGAGGUACCUCAUAAUGGGCAUAUUCUGCUUGAUCUUGUAGAGACGGACAGAAUGGCAGGAAAGAAUGCUUUAUUAGUCCAUGGAUUCAACGGAUCUGGGGAUUCGACUUAUAUGAGAGGGUUGGCUGGGCAUCUUUCCAGGGAGGGAUACAGGGUCUUCUGUUUCAAUGCAAGGGGGAUCAAAUCUAAACUCGACAGCCCGGUGUUUUUCCAUAUAGGAUGGACUGUAGACUUGAAGGCAACUGCCGAAUUUAUUCUUCGUAACUAUCCUGGAACAUUGGAGAUAUUUGGAUUCAGUAUGGGUGCCAGUUGGGUGACCAAGUUCUUUGGGGAGGAGAAGCUUGAUCCUAGGAUAGUUAAGGGAGGUGCGGUGUGCCUCCCAUUCGACUUCUUCAAAAUAGGGAUCCACUUUCUGAAGAAUCCGUACACCAGGUUCUUCAACAAGCUGUUGGCAAUAAAUUUUGUAAAAUACAUGAACAGAAACAAGGAAGUGUUCAAGAGUGCAGGAUACGAUACAGAUAUAAUAAAAAAGUGCAGCAGUGUUCAGCAGAUAGACAUGAUGGUAACAACAAAGAUUUUUGACAUCAAGGAUGUCAACGAGUAUUACAAGAACCAAUCAUGUGUGAACUACAUUGAAAAGAUAAAUGUUCCCUUCAUCAUAAUCAAUACAUAUGAUGACCCGAUCAUUCCUGCAUUUUCUAUAGACAAGGAGAUGUGUAUGCGAAACAAGAACAUACUGUUAGUAAUAGCUCAUAAAGGAGGUCAUCUAGGCUUUCUGUCAAACAGGCUUGAUAGGACUUGGGCAGAGGAUGUUUUGAUAGACUUUGUUAAUCAUUUCUGA